GAGAGAGAGAGAGAGAGAGAGAGAGAGAGAGAGAGAGAGAGAGAGAGAGAGAGAGAGAGAGAGGGAGAGAGAGAGAGAGAGAGAGAGAGAGAGAGAGAGAGAGAGAGAGAGAGAGAGAGAGAGAGAGAGAGAGAGGUAACAGGGGAUCCAUGGAGCGCGUCACAGCACCGGUGUUUUCCAUGUCUUCUUGUCCACGAUGCACUUUAGAAUUUCAAUAAGAUGCGUGUGUGUUUCCAGAUAAUCAGUUUCCUCUUCGCCGUGAACUUUUACCACCAGCCGCUCCGAGCUCAGGAUCCCGCCUGCUGCCACCAUGCUGCCGAGUUUUCAUCUUGUAAAGAAGCUUGUGACCAGCUCGCCACUAUAAAGAGUGAGUCUCGUCUGAAGCAUCUCCUCCAGAGGUUACCCAGUUACUGUCCAGAGUCCAUGAAUGAACUGUGGAUGUGCAUCAACUCUACACUUCCAGGAGUAUCCAGGAAGUCAGACGGCUGGGUGGGGCUGGGCUGCUGCGAGCUGGCCAUCUCAGCCGAGUGUCGCAGGGAAUGCAGACAGGCCUCGUCCAAAAAUGACAUAACAAAAGUUUGCAAGAAAAUCACAGAGAACUCUCUCUACAGCUGCAUCACCAAAAAUGAAAUGGGCUCCACAUGCUGCAGCUAUGCAGGGCGUCACACCACCUGCAGGGAGUACUGCCAGGCCAUCUUCAGGACCGACUCCACGCCCACCGUGUCUCAGAUCAACGCCGUCAAAGAGUACUGUCAGAGCCACAGCGCUCAGCUGCUCAGCUGCGUCAGCAACUUCACCAAGUCCUACCCCAUACGCAGCCCCAUAGACAGUCUGUACUGCUGCGACCGGGCGGAGGCCACCCACUGCCAGGUGGCCUGCCGGAGAAUCCUUCGCACCAUGAGCACAGAGCACGAGAUCAUGGAGGGUCUGAUCGAGGAGUGUGGCUCGCAGCCCCUCCCUCAGGAACCCAUGUGGCAGUGCUUCCUGGGCAGCGCCCACCCUCCCUCCCCACCUGAAGAGGAGACCCCCCAUCCCGCCAAGAUGGACUGUGCCAAGUUGCACUGCUGCUCCAAGGCCAACACCUCCCUCUGCAGGGACAUGUGUCAGGAGAUCAGCACCAACUGGGGCAGCCAGACGUGGCAGGACUUCGACCAGCUCUGUGAGUACAACCCGGUGGAGACGGAGCUCAUCAACUGCCUGGCUGACGUCAGAGAGCCCUGCCAGCUGGGCUGCAAGGACCUCACCUACUGCACCAACUUCAACAACAGGCCCACAGAGCUGUUCCGCAGCUGUAACGUCCAGUCGGACCAGGGCGCCAUGAACGACAUCAAGCUGUGGUCCAACGGGACGAUCAAGAUGCCGUUCAUGAACAUCCCCGUGCUGGACAUCAGGAAGUGUCUGCCGGACAUGUGGAAGGCGGUGGCCUGCUCCCUGCAGAUCAAACCCUGCCACAGCAAGUUCAGAGGGAGCGUCAUAUGCAAGUCGGACUGUGUGGACAUCCUGACACAGUGUGGGGACAGGAAACGUUUCCACGAAGGACAGACACCAGAGAGGAUCUGUGAACUGCUGUCGCCCAUUGAUGACCCUGAACGCUGCAUCCCCCUCCACAGAUACCUCACCCCCAGUUCCCUUGGCAACAACAUUGUUGAGGAGGUUAUUCAUCCAUGCAACCCCAACCCCUGCCCCAGCAACCACCUAUGUCAGGUGAACAGGAAGGGUUGCCUUGACGAGCUGAACUGUCAGCCGUACCUCUGUGUCCCAGGCUGUAAACUGGGCGAGGCCUCGGAGUUCCUGGUGCAGCAGGACGCUCGUAUCCAGGUGCCGACCCGCACCGGUCCAGCUGGGUGCUACGAGGUGUGCAGCUGCGGUCCCAGCGGGCGUCUGGAGAACUGCGUGGAGAUGCCCUGCGUGGACAUGACCAAACCCUGCGUCGUCGGAGGACAGAGGAAGAACCACGGGACGUCCUUCAGGAUCGACUGCCACACCUGCUCCUGCUUCGCCGGUAACACCAUCUGCUCCACCAGAGAAUGUCUCAGCUUCGGCAACUCAGACGAGGACAGACGUCAUUUCACAGGUCUUCCCUGCAGUUGUCCGGACCGCUUCAUCCCGGUGUGCGCCUCUAACGGACGGACCUAUCCCAGCGCCUGUGUGGCUCGCUGUAUGGGAUUCAAGGACCAUCAGUUCGUCUUCGGCCAGUGUCACCUCAGUAACCCGUGUUCAAACACGCCCUGCCAGAGGAACCAGAGGUGCCUCCCAAAGUACCGUGUGUGUCUGAGCGACUCGUCCGACUGUCCACAGUACGAGUGCGUCGGCCGGCCGGCGGCGUGUGAUAAGAACAGCGUGGAGCCGGUCUGUGAUACUGACGGCCUGGUGCACGCCAGUCUGUGCCACCUGCAGCAGGCUGGGAAAACUCUGGCGUACAUGGGCCACUGCCAGGACGCCUGCAGGAAGCAGCAGCAGGUUUGCGGCCACAACGGUGAGACCUACAACACAGUGUGUGAUGCCUUCUCUGACCGAGUGGCUGUGGACUACGAGGGCCCCUGCCACGCUGUGGGGGCCGUGUCUGACGUGGCCCCCGACUCCGCCUGCAGCUUGAUUCCCUGUCCACCUCUGUCCACUCCAGGCUGCCACCCUGUCACACCUCCAGGAGCAUGCUGUCCGAUCUGUGCCAGCAUGCUGCAGAUCCUCUGGAACAAAGAGCAGAUGAACACUUUCUCCAAGCUGAAUAAAAACCAGCCGGUGACGGUCCACGACGUCCUGCAGAUCCUGCGGCUUCACGUCUCCGUGCCGCAGUGUGACGUCUUUGGAUACCUGAGCAUCGACCAUGAGCUGGUGGUCCUCAUCGCUCCGGUGGACCAGCAGCCGACACCACUGCAGAUCGAAGCCUGCAGCAAAGAGGCCGAGAAGAUCGACUCCCUCAUCAACUAUGCCAGCCCCACCCUCUUCUCCCAGGUGCCCCUCUCCGCCUUCCUCACCUCCGAGAUCAAGACCUCCUCCAUCCACUCCUCCGCAGGGGGCGCUCCGGCCUCACUCCUCCCCCCCGGCUUGUGCCUUCUCCUUGGGUUCCUGGUCGCUGGCGCCCCCGUCCUCCUCCAGCUAUAAGUGCCUAUUUGCCCCCCCACCCGCACCCACACCCCACCC